GCGGCGGCGGCAGCAGCAUGGGGGCCUGCCUGGGGGUGUGCUCCCUCCUCAGCUGUGUGUCAUGCCUAUGUGGGUCAGCUCCCUGUCUCCUGUGUGGCUGCUGCCCUUCUACGAGGAAUUCCACCAUCUCCCGCCUCAUCUUCACUUUCUUCCUGUUCCUGGGCACACUAGUGUCCAUCAUCAUGAUAAUACCCGGUGUGGAAAACCACUUAUACAAGCUUCCUGGCUUCUGUAAAGGAGGCAGCCAGAUCCUGGGUGUUGAAGGCUAUGCCAGUUGUAACUCCUUCCUGGGUCAUAAAUCCGUGUAUCGCAUGGGCUUUGCCAUGGCUGCUUUCUUCUUCCUGUUUGCCUUGAUCAUGAUAUGCGUGAGGAGCAGCAAGGAUCCAAGAGCAGCCAUUCAAAACGGGUUCUGGUUUUUCAAGUUCCUGAUUUUGAUUGGCAUCACCGUGGGCGCUUUCUAUAUUCCUGAUGGCUCCUUCACAUCAGUGUGGUUCUAUUUCGGUGUGGUGGGCUCCUUCUUCUUCAUCCUCAUCCAGCUCAUCCUUCUGAUUGACUUUGCCCACUCCUGGAGUCAGAUCUGGCUUCGCAAUGCAGACGAAGGCAAUGCCAAAGGCUGGUAUGCAGGCCUUUUCUUCGUCACCUUCAUCUUCUAUGCAGCGUCCAUCACAGCUGUGGUGCUGCUGUAUGUCUACUACACAAAGCAUGAUGGCUGCACAGAGAACAAGGUGCUGAUCAGUCUCAACCUCAUCUUCUGUGUGAUCAUCUCUGUGGUGUCCAUCCUGCCCAAAAUCCAGGAUGCUCAGCCACACUCGGGCCUGCUGCAGGCCUCCCUUAUCACACUCUACACCAUGUUCAUCACCUGGUCGGCCCUGGCCAAUGUGCCAAACAAAUCCUGUAACCCCACCCUCCUGGUCAGGAACAGCACAGCCACCCCAGUGGCUGAGGGGCAUGUGACCAUGUGGUGGGAUGCCCCGAGCAUUGUGGGAUUGAUCAUCUUUGUUCUGUGCACGCUCUUCAUCAGCAUUCGCUCCUCGGACCACGCCCAAGUGAAUAAGAUGAUGCUGACCGAGGAAGGACCAGGUGCAGCAGGCAGCGGCGGGACAAGCCUGGAAGAUGGCGUGCACCGGGCCUAUGACAACGAGCAGGACAACGUGUCCUACAAUUACAGCUUCUUCCACCUCUGCCUCCUCCUGGCCUCCCUCUACAUCAUGAUGACGCUCACAAACUGGUACAGGCCUGAUGAGCAUUUCCAGACCAUGAGUAGUCCUUGGACUGCAGUGUGGGUAAAGAUCUCUUCCAGCUGGGCCGGGCUCCUCCUCUACCUCUGGACUCUGGUAGCCCCCCUUGUACUGCCAGAUCGAGACUUCAGCUGAAAAGGACUUUGCCUGUCAGACAGCUCAGCUACUUUUAGCUGGAGAACCAUGCUGCCAAGGGAUGGCCCCCUGCUCUUGGCUUGUGGGGAGAGCAGGGCUGUGGUUCUCCCAAGCUGUAUGUUACCCUUUGACUCUCAUUUUAGGACUGAGACCAGUUCCUCAGGAUUUUGCCUUU